UGAUCUGAAACGUUCUAAUGGCUAUCAACAUGAUAUUUGGUGCAGUUUUCUUUGUGUUGUUAGGUGUAGGCAUUUGUUCUGCUACUAGAGCUCUCCUUACUCUUGAUGAAGUAUCUCGCCUCUCAGGUUUUGCCCAAGGUGGUGGCACCCUUGGUGUUGGCUUCCAUGGAGGAGGUGGUGUUGGUAGUGGCUAUGUAAAUGUAGGAGAAUCAGGAGUUUCUGGAUAUGUAGGUGGUGGUGGUGAAGUUAGUGCAGGUGGAGCUUCUGGAUAUGCAAGUGGAGGUGGUGAAGGAGGUGGAGCUGGUGGAGGAUAUGGAGGAGCAGGUGGAUAUGGGGGUGGUGGUGGCAAAGGUGGUGGUGGAGGUGCUGCAGGUGGAUAUGGCGGAGGAGCUUCGGGAUAUGGUAGUGGAGGUGGUGAAGGAGGUGGAGCUGGGGCUGGAGCCGGUGGAUAUGGAGAAGUUGGUGUUGUUGGAGGUGGUGGUGGAGGCAGUGCAGGUGGAUAUGGAGGUGGAGCUUCUGGAUAUGGGAGCGGAGGUGGUGAAGGAGCUGGAGCUGGCAGUGCUGGUGGGUAUGGAGGAGCCGGUGGACAUGGUGGAAAUGGUGGUGGUGGAGCUAGUGGUGGUGGCGGUGGGGGAGCAUAUGGUGCAGGUGGGGCACAUGCAGGCGGAUAUGGGGGCGGAGAAGGAGCGGGAGGAGGUUAUGGUGGGGGUGCAGGCGGCCAUGCUGGUGGUGGAGGUGCCGAUGCAUAUGGUGCAGGAGGUGCACAUGCAGAUGCAGGAGGAUACGGAAGUGGUGGUGGAGCUGGGGGUGGUGAAGUGGGUGGCUAUUAUCCUUGAGAGCACAUUCUCAGCAUUACAAUGUGCUAAGAGUAUGAAUGUUGUUAUCACUGGUAUUAAA